ACAGGCUGGAGGGCGAAGCGGGGCUUGGGCAGCGGCAGGCUGGGCGCUAGGGUCGGUCGGAAAGGCCUCGCCUUCUCGCUUUCUCAGGAGCACGCGUCCUCGCUAUCUCCGUGCCCCUCCGAGGAGAGCCGUCCUGGGGAGAGAGGGGUCGAUGUGAGGGGGCUGGGGUUAGGGGGAAGCCGGCAACUCCUCGCCCCGCAGCCCCCCCUGCCCCGCUGGGAGCGUGGGGGCCGAGGGGGGGCCGGGCGGGCCGGAGCCCCGGGGGCCAUGGAGCAGGUGCAGCUGAUCAACAUCCAGCGGCUGCUGGAGGCGGCCGAGUAUCUGGAGCGGAGGGAGAGAGAAGGAAACCCAGGGGCUGGCUGGAAAGUUUCCCACUGGACAGGAAGGAUGGGGUGGGAGGUCCUGGUGUUGCGGAAUGAAACGUGCCUGGUUCGCUCGGUUCAGAGCUUGAGCAGGAGGAGAGACGAGGCGCUCUCUGGGCUGUCCUGGCUUUUGACGCUUUCAGAGUGCGAACAUGGCUAUGCCUCGACCUUCCCCUCAGCUCCAAGUCCUGGACUACAAGACCCAAAGCCCACGCGGAGGCUGAGCCGGGCAAGGAAACACAGCGGCAGUGGCAGCAAUGCAAGUAUUGCCAACAGGUCUACGCACAACGAACUAGAAAAGAACCGCCGAGCUCACCUCCGCCUGUGUCUAGAACGCUUAAAAGUUCUGAUACCACUAGGACCAGACUGCACCAGGCACACAACGCUUGGGCUGCUGAACAAAGCCAAAGCACAUAUCAAGAAACUUGAAGAGGUCGAGAGGAGAAGCCAGCACCAGCUUGAGAACCUGGAGCGAGAACAAAGAUUUCUAAAGAGAAGACUGGAACAACUACAGGGUCCUCAGGAGAUAGAGCGAAUACGAAUGGACAGCAUUGGAUCUACCAUUUCCUCUGAUCGUUCGGACUCUGAGCGAGAAGAGAUUGAAGUGGAUGUUGAAAGCACAGAGUUCUCCCAUGGAGAAGUGGACAAUAUCAGCACAACCAGCAUCAGUGACAUUGAUGAUCACAGCAGCUUGCAGAGUAUUGGGAGUGAUGAGGGUUACUCCAGCGCCAGUGUCAAGCUCUCGUUUGCUUCCUAGAACCAAGUGAGAUGACAGUGCAGGGUGAAUGAUUUCACUGGGGUGAUCAAACUGGGUCCUAGAUGCAAGUAUCCUCUUUCAGAAAUGACAUAUUGACAGCUAGUCCUGGAGAGACCUGUAAAUAAAACCUUUUGGGUAAAGGAAGAAACCCACAUGUUCAUUUGGUCAUGUUACCAAUUCCAAUUCCUGCUGGCAAAAAGUUAGACCAAACCGUAGUCCCAUUGAAGUCAGUGAUAACCAUUUGUUUCUGUGGGACCUGGAUAUAGACCUUAGUGACAAAACACUUUGUUUUGAAUUUAUUUGUUUGAAAGAGGAUACUAGAGACUCAUCCCUCUCUUUCUGUCAUGAGAUCUGAGAAAUGUCAGAAUUUUGUACGUUGCAUUCAGGUUGAACAACCUAAUUUAGGCCCUUCUGAAGAGCUUUUGUGGUCCUAAAAGGACCAUGUCCUGCAAUUUAUCACAAUCCAAUGCUGUUGUAAUGUACUAGGAAAUCUUUGAAGACAUAAGUAGCCUAGGGAUAACAACAUCAACAGUAAUGAUUAAGGUCUCAUUCUGUGCCCAGAGAGAGGGGCAGCAAAGAGAUGUUCAGGAAAGAAUACCAUUCAGCUCAGCUUUCUGUUGGACAUCAUUUAAAAAGUAAGUACCUCUGAUGCGUGGCUAAAGCAAGGGGUACACACUUGUAAUCUACCAGCACUUCAUGGGCUGUGUCAUGCCUCAGGCUGUGACACCAACAGCAGAUCUCCCGGUAGAUGCAUGCCCAUACGCCGGCGCACAGCCAGCUGAGGACAGAAAGAAACCAGCACAUAGAAGAGGUGAUAUGCCAGAAAGUCAUGCCCAGAUACUGAGCCACUAUGACCUUUUUAUUUGACGAGAUUUUUUGAUAAACAUUUGUAAAUGUGUUGGGAGAGAAAACACCCCAAGUCUGAUGCGUCUUUUUAGAGCUUGUCCAUACAAAACCUUAGAUGUCUUUUAUAUGAAUUUAUGCCAUGAAAAGAUCUCUGUUUUGAUGAAGCACUUGACCCAAUGAAAUGCAAAGAUGCUUUUUGCCAUGCACGCAGUGGAUGGAGGCUGUGCUAGCUGCAGAAGGCCAGAUUUGGUGAGGGUUUCUUCAGAUUUCUUUUUAGAAUCAUUCCCUUUGCUGACUUUUGAAGUUCCAGUCCAGUAGUUAACCUAGUUAAGCUCAGCACGUCUCUCACAUUAAUGUAAUGUUUUUGACUGCACGUCCUGUUCCCAAGGGCCUUGCCAUCAUACCUGUGCAGGUGCUGUUAAGAGCUGUUCUAGCGAAUGUUUUCUAAUUUUCUCAGAGACGAGCAUUCUAACCUGCACUUUGAGGGCUUUGCUUUUUUAUUUUUUGUCUUUUUAAUGGCCAGGAUUAUUUCAUUUUCCAAGUUUUAAAAACCUUAAUAGAGUUCUCACCUAUGGCAUUGUUUGAAACUUUGUAUAUCCUUCAGUAAUUUAACUACCCCUCAUUACUAAGAAAAAAAAAGAGGAAAAAAUGCUUUAUAAAAUUCAUAACUUAUUGCUGAUUUGAAUGGGUUGUUAAUUUCAGUCCUUUAGACUUUAUUUUAUUGUUUUAGGUAGGGUUGGGCAAAAAGGUAAAAUAAAAAAAUAAAAUAAAAACAACCAUAUUUAGCAGUGCAGUGGAAUUGUGUUUAAAUGUUAGCAUAUGGUCCCCAUUAAAGUAGCACUUUAACGCCAUUAAACAUUUCUGUAUCUGAAAUGAGUUGUGUUCUUCCAUCUUGGUCAUUCGUAUCACUUUAGCUGACACUUUGUUCUUCUUGUGCCCUUUGAUCCUGUGAUGAGAAGGUCUUGAGCGAUUCUGCUGUCGAGUUAUGCAUUAUGAUGAAUUGCCUGUGUUUAAAUAUUCUGGUGUUUUCCCUGCUCUUCUUAAAAUGUGUCAUCCCCUGUAAGAGGCACAACGCAUACACUUGAGUAGAGAAAUAAUCUUUCCAUGGCUGAA